AUGGAUUCAUUUUCACAUUCGCUCAGCCAUCGAUUUGGUGUUCUCGGUCUUCUGGCGUUGACUCAAAUCGAUCUUGUGCAGGCUGGUGUUGCGCUUGAUCCGGUGAAGAACUUUUGCAGGAGAAUUGGACAUAGCUCGGUGUAUAAAAAUGGGACGCUCUAUAUCAAUGGCGGUAUCGAGACUUACGUCGACUUUGGUGCGAACGGGCAACAGGAUUUCAACACGAUUACUACCGGCAUCAACGAGAACCUCAUCUCGGUCGACAUGACCGCAUCAUGGGACUGGAAGACGAAUGUAUCCAUCUCCCAGAAUGCCAGACACGAAAGUGGCAGCGUUGCCGGCAUGCAAUGGCCGGUAAACGUCCACGAUGGUGCUCUCUUUGGCGGAUUGAACGACUCCCCGUCGCUGACCAUGUUCGGCGGUACAACUUCCGACUUCAACCAGUCAUUUCCCAAUUUCUUGAUUCCUCCAGACACGCGGUACGGCAUAUGGACCUACGAUAUGCCAGGGGAUAUUUGGACCGCUGUCGACACGUCUAGGGUCUUGGACACAAUACCGUCUUGGGGGGCCAGUGCUGAAGCUCCGGACCAAGGCCUAGCCUUUUACGUUGGUGGACAGGUCGACGACGGUACAGCAAACAGCACUCAGUUCCUCGGCAACGGUACUGUUGGUGUCACUGGCAUGGUGGUGAUAGAGACACAAACCAACACCAUCAAGAAUAUAACGGGCUUGAGCGGCAUUCAGACCAAUCGCCAAGGAGGAGGCCUCGUAUACGUCGACAACUUUGGCAAUACCGGCGUGCUCUUGCUUAUUGGUGGACAGACCCAAACCACGGGCUACAUCCCCAUGGACGAGAUCAAGAUUUUCGACAUCCAUUCCAUGGACCUUACCGGUCAGGCUGGAAGUGGCAACAAUCUAUGGUACGAACAGAAGGCAACGGGCGACAUUCCUGACGCCAGGGUCGACUUUUGCUUGGUGGCUGCGCCUUCGCAAGACAACAGCAGCACCAGCAUCUACCUGUACGGCGGAACAAGCAAUGGCACAAUCUUUGACGACAUCUACGUACUCAGCCUACCGUCCUUUACUUGGGUCAAGGUCUUUACGGGCCAAGACGCACGAUGGAGCGUCACAUGUCACUUUAUCCCCCCAAGGCAAAUGAUCACCGUAGGCGGUGGUGGCAAGAGCAGCAACAUCUCCUCUGACUGCGAUUGGGAACAGAAGAGCUUGGCUGUGCUUGACCUGAGCACCAUUGGGUGGAGUAGCGUUUACGACGUCGCGGCCCCGGCUUACGAAGUGCCCGAGCAAGUCAUCAAGGUGAUCGGUGGAGGGCCGUUGGGUAACGCCACAAAACUCGAGCCGGACAAAGGGUGGGAUCAGACAGGCCUGAGCAACCUCUUCAUCACAAGACAGGCGGCUACUACUCCGAGUAACAGCACAAUACCAUCGAUCACAGCUACCACCACGCCAAGCCCAGACAGCAACGGAGACAACGGGGUAUCUGGUGGCGCGAUCGCAGGGAUCGCCAUAGCAGCGGUCGCUGGCGUGCUAGUCGUCACUGCUGGAGUUUUCUUCUGUCUCCGUCGUCGUCGCCAGCAGCAGCAGGGCAAAAGCCAAGAACUACGUCCCGACAUCCCCGAGAAGGAUUCCCUGCCGUCUUAUAGCACUGCUGCCUCGCACCGCGCGGCGGAGCUGGCAGGGGGUUACCAAGCCGUGGAGAUGCCCGCCGCGAAGGAGGGACCUACAGCGACCGUCAAUCCCGAGCCGCACGAACCUGUCGAGAAGGAUGCCGAUCCAGUGCAGGGGUCGUAUCCGUCGUUGCGACAAACCGGACCCGUCGAGAUGGAGUAA